AUGAUGGACCGGCCACCGUUCUUCUGUACGACGAGAAAAUCACACGAGCCAGCCAAUAAACAGACGCACGAGCCUGCUGCAGUCAUGCCCAGGGGCGCGAAAGUUUUGCAAUGGCUGUCUAAUGUCUGUCUAUCUGUCUUCGCGCCCUAAAUACCCAGCAGACUCGAGCCCAUUUCACCAUCUCGGCACCAAAUUGCAAACUAAAACUUGCGCACAACAAGUAACAUUUUGCCCGAGCUGUCCCAACCGCUACCUUUGCAAUCCGUGGUCGGUGUCUCGAGAUAGCACACCUUUUGUGCAAAUAUAUAUGUCACAUGGACGCAUCCCCACGUCAUUUUUGUUUUCUUUUGGGCAACAAACUACACGCACGCAAGAAACCACGAAGCACUGCCGUGCUGCACACAUUGCUGCUGCUACUGGCAAGACACGCACUACACAGAGACAGGGAACAUGGACAAGGGGGGCGGGACACACACACAUACUGCUGUUAGCGACGGCGGAGGAAGCGGGGAACGUUUGGUUGGUCUGGGGUUCAUCGCUGAUGAUGUUGUUGUUGUUGUUUCCGUUGUUUGUUGUUGUUGUUCAACGCUGCCGGCCUUUUUUUCGCCUUUUUUUCUCUGGAGAGAGAGGGAGUCCCACCAACCAGCGUGUGUUGCACACACCACACAGCGAGAGCGGGACGGGAGCAGGGUAUGCCCUAUACUACUACUGCUGCUAGCUUUCGGCCGAGGAAGCGAGAGGAGAGAUAUUGAUUGGGUCUCUGUGGGUCCAUCGGUUGGUUGUUGUUAUUGUGUUGCGACGCGGCGGGAGGGAGCGGCCUCUCUUUGCUCUGGAGAGAGGCACACAUACAUCACAGCACGGGACCACUUACACAUCACGCUCGUUCCUAGAC